CUAGAUGGCAACGUGGAGCCCUGCGAGCUGUUUUGACGGAUUAGUGUAUUUGAGUAUUUUUAUACGGUUUAUGAUUUGAGUCAGUUAGCUAAUAUUUUCUUUUUUUGUUAAUGUCGGUGGGUUACCUUUCCCUAGCAUCUCGGUACUCAAAAGCCCAGUUUAGAUCAGAACCGUAAGAGCAGAAGAGACGAGACUGGCCUGAUUAUUUAGGGAAUGUUUGACUAUUGUCUGAGCGAAUUAAAUACUACACAGUCCAAAACGACGGUUAACAAAUUACAUGACUGUUUCCAUAACAACGAGUUUUGAGUUGGUUGAGCGGCGCUUCUGCCAUGUCUCGUCAACUCUGCCAUGACUCUGCCUCUGGACCACAGAAUACAGUUCUAUGCUCGGAGACUACAAAAUAUCCGAUAAACUGCUUUAAAAUACUAAUUUAAAGGCUUCUGAGAAAAUGAUAAAAAUCGUAUCAUGCAGCAGAAGUAAAUCACAAUCAAAGUGGAGUCUUGGGGAAAGAUAUAAAAAGCUGCUGCUGGUUUGCGAGAGGAAAGGGUGAAAAAGAGGAAGAGAUGGCCGAGGGUAAAUCGGACAGUAACUGUAAUGUCAGCCCCGGGGGUGCCGGCCAUUUCGCCAAACGGUUCCAGAGAUCGCUCAGCCGGGCACAGGAGAAGGUAUUGCAGAAACUGGGGAAGAGUGCGGAGACCAAAGAUGAACAGUUUGACCUGUACGUCCAGAAUCUGAUGAAACAGCAGACCGAUGGGAACAGAUUAUUCAAAGACCUGAAAACAUACUACAACUCUGUGAAAGCGAUGCGCGAGGCCUCCAAACGCCUGUCCCAAACCUUGCUGGAUGUCUAUGAGCCUGACUGGAUAGGGGAUGAUGACCUGCCUGCAAUCGUGGAGGGUGAGGACCUCCUGUGGAUCGACUACGAAGAAAAGCUGGCCGACCAAGUCGUUCGCACUAUGGACACCUACAUGUGCCAGUUCCCAGAUGUCAAGGAGCGCGUGGCCAAACGGGGCAGGAAGCUGGUGGACUACGACUCCUCCCGCCAUAACCUGGAAGUGCUGAAAAAUGCCAAGAAGAAAGACGAGGCCAAAAUAGCAAAGGCUGAGGAGGAGUUCGCCUACAGCCAGAGUGUGUUUGAUGAGAUAAACACAGAGCUGAGGCAGGAUCUUCCAGUGCUGUACCAAAGUCGAAUCGGAUGCUAUGUGACAGUAUUUGAGAACCUCUCCAGCUUGCAGGAAGUCUUCCACAAGGAAAUGAACGCAUUCAACAGUGAACUCCAUGGCAUGAUGAAGAGCUUGGAGACUCAGCACUCAGACAAGGUGUUCAUCAUCAAAGGAUUACAAAGGUCUGCCUCUAAAAACUCCAAAAAGAGAAGGUCCUUUAGGAUUUCCUCUCCCUUCCAGAGUAGCAGCCCCUUCCCUGCUCUGGACCAGAGCAUCAGCCCUGUCCGCACCCUGAAAAGAAGCAGCAGAAGCUUCAAGGAGGACCUGGAGGCCGAGCCGCCAGCCAAUGAGCAAGCGGCAGACCCCACAUCUCUGCCCGCUGAGGAAGUGGGCCCUGCGGCUCCAGAAGAGACCUCAAGUGAGAAGCUGGAGGAAGAGGAAAUAGAAGAGGACGAGAAAAAGGAAGAAGAUCCUACUGUUGACCAGUCAGACCAGAACUCUGACCAGCCCAGCGCCUCUCCUUCCACCGACCCCGGGGCUUCUGAGCCCCGUAUCAUAAAUGGCACUCAGGAAGACCCCCCAGCACCUCUCGCAACCCCCGAGGACCUGGAACCAAAGGGGGAGGAGACCGGAGAUGCCACCAGCAGCACAGGAAACUUGCAGAAUGGCCCUGAUGUUGACGGCGAAGUCCUCAAGGGAGAUAUCUCACAGGAUGUAGAGGAGCUGCACAUCCGGGAAGAAGAGGCUGAAGGCAUUGCGGCCGGAGAAGAGAAGAGCCACCUGGUCGGGGAACAGGAGCCCCAGAAGCCCAAAAGGGCUAUCCAGGCGGACGAAGCCCAGGGUGUGGAGGCACAGUGAGGGCAAAGCCUUUUUUGGAUGUCUGCUCCCUUUGACGCCAGGGGACAAACGCAUACAGAUGGAGUGACAAAAGGAAAGAUGCGACACCUGCAAACACCACAUCAACACGUCGGCCACACAGCUUGCAGGAGGACAGCCUGCUGUUUGUUUUUUUGUGUGGUUGUCAUGACUAUCCCUUGCCCUUCCUCCUGACUGAAAACCUGUCUGACGUAUGUCAUCUUCAUGGAAACCAAGACUGGUGUCCUAAAGGGAAGUAUCCAAGAGGAGGAGAGAAAUUGCAGUCGAUCAAAUUGUUCAAUAAGCUGUGUUCAACCUUUAUGGCCUUAAAUCAAGCCAAAAUUUUUCUAUAUUAACUAAUCAUACACUAUUAUUCCACAAAGGGGAGAUUUAUUAAUCAAAUUAAACCUGGAAAUUUGGCACCAAAAGUGAAUAUUUUGUAGUUUGGUAGCACCACCACAAACACUCAUUAUCAGCUGUGAAAAGUUUGAUACAUUUUCACUGUAUGAAUGUGUACCUUCGAGACUAGUAGUAGUUUGACAUGGUUCCAUACAGAAGUCACAUGGAAUCUGAAGUGUCCUUUACAUCCUUACUGUAAGUAUAUUCCAAAUGCAUUUUCAGAAGGUAAUUUUAAAUAAUUUCAGUAUAACAUUUUCUGGGUGAAUGGCCUACACCGGCUCUUGUCAGGGCAAUUAAAAUAUUUGUUGUUGCGGUUUUUUAAUGGGUGCUGAGGAACACGCUGAUAUCCAAAUGAUUUAAUUUUCUGAAAUAUGUUUGAAAUAAUUGCUUAUUCAGGUUUGACAGCAGAAUGUUUCUAACUAUACAAAUUUGAUGUAAAAUAUUUUGAAUUCACUCAAAUAAAAGUGAAAUUUAAGCAAACGGA